GAGUAGUUUGUUGCACUUUAAGUGCCACUGUUUGUUUCACACAUUUGCCUGUUUCCUGUAGAAUGAUCAGGUUGAGAAGACCCUGUCAAUGUUAUUGCAUGAAGAGGAGGAAUUUUCCAGUGAAACCUUAAGGAAUGAAGUAGACUCUUUAGGCAAAGAGGUGCAAGUGAUGAAGCAAAGACUUCAGAAGAUGGUUUCACAAAGGAAUAAGCUAAGUCUUCAUCAUACAGGCCUGACUCACAAGCUUUCAAAACUGAGUGCUGUGGUGCAGGAACAGAAACAAAAAUACAAAGCCAGUCUUGAGUCCAGCCAAGCUGACAAUACCCUGAUGAAUUCUGCUUUAGAGCAGUUGGAGGAAUCUGUUUCUGAAAUGAUAGCGUUAUAUGCUGGUCGAGAAGGUGCAGGCAUUUCGACAUCAUUUUUGUCCCAGCUUCCCUAUGACAGUUACUACACAUCAGAGGAAAAGUUUACCGGUGAACUAACUGCAUACACAAGGAAACAGUUCUUUGAGGGUAUUGCAGAGAUGGCUGGGGGAGAAGAGAAAUCGAGAUAUGAGCUGCUGGAAAUCAGUGAUCCCUCUACCCUUCUAGUUAGAGGGGAGAAUGAUGAAGUUAAUCUUAAUGAAUGUCAAGAGCUAGCAAGACUUCAGUCUGUCUUUGCAUCAAGUGAAAGUAAAAGAAUUCAUAGCAUUGCGAUGGCAACAGGAGUAACUACAGCACUCAAGACAGCUGAGGAACGACUGAAAAGCUUGUCAUGGGAGACCAACCCACCAGGCACUGACAUAAUGAGUGCCAAACUCCUUGAAACUCAAAAAGCACUUUCCCAAGUCAAGAUGGAGAUAGGGGAGCUCACUGAGAAGGCCCUUCCUGGGUUAGUGCAGGAGCUGGGAGAGCUACAAGCGACAAGUAUCCUAAAGGGUGAUUAUGACCUGAAGAUAGCAAGGCAAGACUACUUUACAUCCAAACAGGACCAGGUUAUCACCCAACUUCUGCUUCAGCGGUCCCGGCACGAGUUUCUUUCCAUGGCUCUUGAGGUUGAAGGGCGGAAAAAUCGUGACACUCAUCGCUUGUUUAGCACCUUGGAGAGCACACUAGGUGAUGCGGUGAAGGGAAUGGAAGCUCGCUCUGCGGUUAUGGAUGAACAUGCUCUUCACCCUCCCCAGCCCUCUCGCGGGACUAUCGAUAGUCGAGAUCAUUUUAUGGAAGGACUGUUCCGUGUGCUCGAAGGCCCACCCCAGGGGGAGGAGGACAGGACGAAGGAGAUUUUUCUGGCUUACAAUCAGCUUGUAGAAUGGAGCCAGAAGCUGGCGGGACAACUGGAAUCAUUCGCUACGUCUUUGGCCUCCUCGGGCAGCAGGCAGGAGGAGGCCUGGAAACAAUUGGAGAAUAACUUACAGCAGUGUGUAAAGACAGUUUACGGAGAAUCAGCUACAACAGGCGGCCUGCCUCAGUUAAGUCCUCAGCGGAUAGCAGAUGGCCUGAGUCAGUUAAAUGAACUACUUGCCACUCUGGAGCAGUCAAUUAAGGACAUCAUAAAAGACUGUGAGGCCAAGAAAAAGGUCCUCCGCUCGGAUAGUUUGAAGCUCAUGGAAAGAGAACUGUUUAUAUAUUUCUUCACGGAUCCACCUCGCCUCAAACGAGCCAUCGCUGAGUUGUCAGCUCGUGUGGACGCGCAAAUUGUUUCACUAAAGUGAAAGAUGUGGGUUUCUUCUAUAAUAAAACGAACUCUGGUGUUGGUUUUCAGGAUUUUUUCUCAAAAACUGAGUCGUGCUUUGAAACACAUAUUUCUACAAACUGAAUCUUGAAGUCUGGAAAAAUUAUCAAAAUCAUCUGUAUAGUUUGCAGACCUAGUCGAAGUCGAAAAUGAAGUUCAAAUCUUGAAAAAGACUGGAACCUUACCUAAGCCACAAAUUUGCUGUUGCUUGAGCUGGGCAAAUUUGUCAGGGUUUGUCCACACUUUGAAUGUCCUCGAAUUGUAAAAUCAAAAUUUAAGUUCUUGAAAAGCCUUGAAGUUCAUACAUACCGAAUCUGGAAGCUUAAGUCUGGAAAAAUUGUAAAAAAAUCAUUUCAAUAGUUUUCCAGAGCACAGAUCUGGAAAGGGUCUGGAAUUUCUUACAGGCUACAAGUUUGCUGCUGAGGUAGCUUGGCAAAUUUCCCAAGGUUUGCACGCACCUUGAAAGUCGGUUUGAAUUUUGACAUCAAAAUUCAAGGCUGUGAGAGUUCAUUGGGCCCUUGAAACACCUUAAAAUUAUUUGUUAGACCGUUUGGCUACUUAUUAGGAGACAAAACGUGCGUGCAUGCAUUGCCUACAAAAAGGAAACGAUCUUGUUUCUUCCCUAAUCGCCAUCACGAAAUUUCAGAAAAGAAGAUUUAUAAAAGACACUUUAACUUGAACAAAACUGCUAGGUAUCCAUUAAACCUUAACAUCCUGUGUCACAUUGUAAUGUAGUUUUUCAGCGAACGGAAUCUUUGAGAAACUGAGAUUGUGUCCUUGAAUGUCUUUGAAAAGUCCUUGAAUGUUUAGUCCGAAAAACAGUACGAAGCCUGAAUUUUAUACCCAGUAGCCCUUCAGAGCAGUUAAAAGAGGACCAUAUUUUUUGCUUGUGACAGGGAUUUGAUUCAUAUGACUAAACUACUUCAUCCUAUACCCCAUGACCUGUAAUAUGACAUUCCCUGAGUAUCUUUGGGUGAAGCGUGAAUUUGGUUCGCAUUCAUCGAUUGGGGUACACCAAUAACUAUACAAUAAUCAGGCUGGUUAUUAUGCUUGUUCUCUUUAUUUAUCAAUUCUAGAUAACAACUUACAUGUACAUUUCAACAGGUAGAAUAAGAUACACAGACAUUCGCAUAUACACAAGAAGCACAUUUUUCUACAAAUGCUGACAUCAGAAAUGGACUUUGAAAUUUACAAUGACCUCUAGCAACUAGUUUACGGUCUCGUACCCAGCCUUCCUCGCUCAUUAUAAGAGCGGCUUUGGUAAAAUCCACUUGAGAUUGUGUCAGAAUGUGACAAAACGCGACAGAGCAUGUACAAUUUAACACAAAUCGCACUCUCGUUGGAUCUAGUUUUAGCAUAGCCAGAUUAGCAAUGAAAAUGUAUGAUCUCAGAUUUUCUCUAGCUAGCAUUGAAAAGGGCAAUACACAACUUAAUUCUACUAAUUCUAUUCUAUAUUUUUCCAGGCAUUAUUUCCAUUUCUCUCUAUGUACAAAAUAGCAUUCCAUGGUAUAUUUUGGCAUAACGAAGUUUUUUUUUCUGGAAUGUAGAUUUGAAUAUUAAAUAUUUUCACAUGUUUGUAUAACAACACAGCUUACGAUAAAGAAGGCAGUAGUCAUGCGAGGCAAUUUAGGGCAGAAACUACAAAAUUGCCUGAAAUUGCCUCGCAUACAUGUUAGAUUAUAUUGUAAUGCAAAUGACAAAAGUUAAUCGCGAAAAAGGCUAUUUCGGGUACGUCUACGAGUUUCUAGACCGCAGUGCAGGCGUUUAUUGGCGCGCGAGUGCUGCACAUUAUCAUGUUAAGGCGCCAUUUUGGAUUUCGUAAUUGUGGAGGGUUGGGGCGAGGGAAAAUUUUCCGAGGGGGUAGGUGUAAAAUGGGGAAGGGGGAGGGGAAGGAAAUCUUUCAACUUUCCCACCCCAACAUACUAUACUGCACAUUAGUUAAGGGGGUUGUCUUGCACACUUUGCUUGCUUACUGCAAUGUAUUGACUUGAACCCUUUCUUUUACUACUUCCUGUUUAGAUUACGACUUGCGUUUACUGAACUUGUCACAUUUGGACUUAGCUAAACAUGAGGAAGGAAAUAGAAAAAAAUGUGCUGUAUUUCUAUCGAGUUUCAGGAACACGAAUGGAAGUUUGGGAGAACAAGCAAUGCUGUGGGAACACGAGCCAAGAGGCGAGUGUUUCCACAGCGUUUUCGAGUUCUCCCGAACUUCCACGACGUUUUAACUCGAUAUAAACACGGAGAACAUGUUUACUAUUUCUUCUAGAAAAUUCUGCAACGAAAAAAGAAAACAACUUGCUUGCUUUGUUCAUCAAAAUGUAAAUUAUCUUUGCUCGCUUGCUCUAAUUAACAUGUUAUAGGUAUAUUUAUUGUAAUAAAAAUGUUGGAAAAAAAAUCUUUGCUCGCGCCAUCAUUACGUCAACAGCUCGUGGCUAGUUCUGUGUUUCUAUCGAGUUAUAGCAACACGAUUUUAAACCAAUCACCGACUGUGUGGAAGGCUAUAGCCUCCAUUCCUGUUGGAGAAAAUGGAAUAUUCUUCCGGCCACUAUCUUGUAUCACUGAGUGAUUGAUUAAUGUCCUCAUAGUUCUUCCAAACUUGACAUCUACUAUCAUGUAUUUCUUUCUAAAGAUCUGCAGUUGCCGUUGACAAAUCCUAAUUGGCUAUAACCACCCAGUACACAAGAUUAAACAACAUAAACGCUGAAGGAAACAGAAUUCUGCAAAAAUUGUUUAUCACCAUUCCCAAGUUUUCCUUUGUGACUUGUACUGGUAGCCCGCAAAGCUUCUUGGGAAAGCGCGGCUUCAGGAUACUUCUUUUUUUGAGACCGGACACGCUACGAACUAUGGGAUACACGGCUCCCUGGGAAUCUGCCACGUAGUAGGAAACGCGGCUACGAAUCUCCGGCUCCUCGGGUAACUAGAAAUAUGAGAAUAACAUACAGUUACAGUAACAUUAAAUUCCACUAAUCCCAGGUUAGGCUUGCCCACAAGGCGAGCCCUCAAAGCUGAACUCGGAGCGAGACGAACCUAAGGAAAAGAAACGUAAGCUUGCGCUCGUCUCCAGGGCAGCCUG